UUAUACUGAUAGUAAGUGUCAGCUGCUUUCCUUUCCUCCUACUAAUCUCAAGUUGGACAGUGCUUGUAAGGGGACAUGUAUGCUUUUUUCUUGUACUGUAUCAGCAGCGUGGUUACUGCCAGACAAACACUGUACAGCCUUGAAUGACUUGCUUCUAUUUAUGGCACUUGGAUGUGGGUGCGUGGGACAGGCUGUCCUUAGCAGAGGAGCCCAUGGUGGGCCCAUGACGGUAUCAGUUGGAUUUGCAAUGGCAGUCACCAUAGCAGUGUAUGUGUCUGGGGGGGUCUCUGGUGGUCACUUAAACCCAGCCGUUUCAUUAGCCAUGUGCGUGACUGGAAGAUUAAAAUGGACCAAAUUACCAACUUACAUAUUAGCACAACUCCUGGGAGCAUUCGUUGGAGCAGCGGCUGUCUUUGGGAUUUAUUAUGAUGCCUUUAUGGAAUACAGCAAUGGAACACUUGAAGUCACAGGACCUAACGCAACAGCACACAUCUUCGCAACAUAUCCAGCUCCCUAUCUAUCCCUCAUAAAUGGAUUUGCAGAUCAGGUGAUGUCAACAGCUGUUCUUCUUCUGGCUAUAUUUGCUAUUUUUGACACCAGAAAUAACAGUGUACCAAAGGGCCUGGAGCCUAUUGCAGUAGGACUUCUUAUAAUUGUUCUUACGUGCUCCUUGGGAAUGAACAGUGGCUGUGCCAUGAACCCGGCCAGGGAUCUAGGCCCGAGGCUCUUCACAGCCGUUGCAGGAUGGGGGAUGGAAGUAUUCAC